UGAGUCUGAGAAAUCCACAAUAUUAUGCAUUUUUAUGAACUGCAUCACGACAGGUUGAAUCCACGGGUUGUGAUCAUCAGAUAGACCCCAUGACCUUUCAAUGAACGGUAUUUAAACAGACUGAGAUGGAUAGUGCAGUGAGUUCCAGAGAUUUGAUUAUCAGGAACAUCGAUGAGCUGCUGCUGAAGCUGACAGAACAUGGAGAAGAAAGCUUAUUGAUGACAGCAGAUGGAGCUUCCCUUCAUGUAACGGGCUCAGAAAAAGGAAAAAAAUUCCUGUCAUUGAAUCGGCAAAUAGCUGAACAGUUUCACAAAUACUGCUUUGAUGUGCAGGAGCAGAUCUCAGAAUACAGGCUCUCUGACAAGUCCCCAGCUUCUUUUCGACGGUUUCCUAUCGUACCAAAAACUGCUAUCACUGUGACUAGUAUCAAAGAGGUAGACAGUGAUUUUGAAGUGGACCAAGAAGAGACGGAGGUGAUGUUGAAUGCGAAAGACAGCAGUUUUACAGUCUUUAACAUAGAAAAUCAAGAAUGCCAGUCCAGAAAAUUUUCUUCAGGUUUGCUGGAUUCCACCUCCCCUGGAAAGCGUAAGCAAGAGAGACUUAAGAAUAUCAGAGUCCAAAUUCAAAGAGGAGGCAGGAAAACUGAAAUCACAUUACCAGAAAAACCUGACUUGACAGUGGAAUCUAAACAGACAUCAGUUAAAUCCAGACUGCAUGCUCCAGACCAAACAGGUGAAGCAUCACAGACCAUCAAAGAUAGCCAGCAAUCACUUGUAAAUGAUGAGAUGCAGAAUUUAUCCUCUGAUUCAGUAGCCUCCAAAGUUGAAAGUGAAGCAAGGAAUGUCAGUUGUGAAUCCAAAGAGGUUGACAAUGAAUCUAAUCAGGCGGGCCUUAACACAUCCACACAGAAAGAUUUAAAUGCAUAUGGAACUGGGACUAAUGAAACUGUGUCCUGUGAUGCCACUGGUGAUCAUACUGACAGUGAAGACCAUUCAGAGCCGAUGGAUUCAGUUGACACAUUUGUGGAUUCUCCUGUCAAAGCCAGUGACAGUGAGACUCUGAAUAACAACCAAAGUGGUUCACAAGGGAAGAAGCAAAAACUUAAUGGAGAGUCAUGUCAGGAAUCACCACAUCUGAACAGUGAUGCUAGCUAUCAGGCCAUAGAUAUAGACAACCAUGCUACAGCUGAUAAGAUUAAAGACUGUCCAGAAACUGCCAUAGCUGGUGAUGGAGACACUGCUCAGGUUUUCCAUGGAAAUCAGGCCUCUUCUGAGAACCCACCUAAUGCUGGUGUUGAUAUGGAAGUGGACACUCCUAGUGAAGGAGGGACAAGUGUAGACCAAACCUCUGGUGGCAGUCUCAAGAAAAAGGGGAAGGGAAUGAGUGGUACUGAAAAAGAACAAAAGAAAAGAAAGAUCUCCAGAUCUCCACAGUGUUCUCCCACAAGAAAGAAAAUCAGAAGAAACCCGGAAAUAGAAUCUGGAUUGUCUCACUUGGAAACAACCUCAGAAACUACAAAAGAAGAUGAAUCUGUAGCAAUUAAAAAGAUUACUUCAGCAAAGGAAAAUUCAGAGGAAACUGUAGCAAAGGAAAGGUCAAAGGUAACAUCAGAAAAGAAAGGGUCAGAGGGAACAUCAGCAAAGGAAAGGUCAAAGGGAACAUCAACAAAGGAAAGAUCAGAAUUAACUUCAGCAAAGGGAAAUUCAGAGGUAGCUACAGGGAAGGAAAUUUCCCAAUUAACUUCAGCAAAGGAACAAUCAAACGUUACUUCUGUAGAAAAAAGUUCAAAAAAGAAUUCAGUGAAAGAAAUUUCCGAGUUCAAACCAUUAAAUCAAAGUUCAGAUGUGGGUAUAGCAAAGGAAACAUCUCAGGUACCUGUGAGGAGUCCAGAUAACUCGCCAAGCAAAUGCAGUGAAAAUAUCAAAAUAAAAGACAUAAGCAAAUCCACAACUAAAUCAAUGCAACUUCCAAUAAAAUCACCUAACAAAGGGGAUAAAUCUAGACUCUUCAAGAAAUCUUUGGUUGUAGAAUUGGAAAAGAUUCCAGAUGAAACUAUUAAGCUCCUGGGUAAAUCUCAAGAGAAGGCUGCUUCUGAGUUAACUAAAAAACCUAUAACUGAACAGACUGAAAAACCUACUUCAGAACAGAACAAAUCUCCCACGAAAGGAGGCAAUAAGCAAAUCCCUGAGGAUAAGGAGCUCACCCCUAACAGUAAAGCCAAACCUCAGUCAGAAUCAAAAAAGUCCAUCAUUAAACAGACUGAAAUACCUACUUCAGAACUGAACAAAUCUAUGAACGGAAGCAAUACACAAACCUCUGAAUCAAAGGAACUCACCUCAAAAAAUAUAGCCAAAUCUCCAAAAUCGAAAAAGCCUAUUGCUGAAAAGAUUACAAGGCCUGCUAGAGAAGUGGAAAAAUCUCCUCUGAAAGGAAGCAGUAAACAAAACUUGGAAUCAAAGGAGCUCAAUCCUGAAAGUAUAGCUAAAUAUUCUCCAGAACUAGAAAAGUCAACUGCUGAUAAUUCUGAAAGGCCUGCUUCAGAACUGCAAAAAUCUCCUCUGAAAGAAGCAGAAAAAUCUCCCAUGAAAGGAGCAGAAAAAUCUCCCAUGAAAGGAGCAGAAAAAUCUCCUAGGAAGGGAGCAGAAAAAUCUCCUAGGAAAAGAAGCAGUACACAAACAUUAGAAUCAAAGGAGCUUACUCCUGAAAGUAUUGCCAAAUCUCCAGAAUUCAAAAAGUCUACUGCUGAAACAUGUGAAAAUACUGAAAAACCUUUAUCAGAACAGGAAAAAUCUCCUCUGAAAGGAAGCAGUCUGAAAACAAUAGAAUCAAAGGUACUCACUUCUACAGAAUCAAAGAAGACAACCGAAAAAGCUGCCUUGAAAUCAAAGAAAAGGGCAGUUUCAGAGGUAUGUGAUAAACCCAAAUCAAAAUCACAGAAAUCUUCUCAUAGAAUAAAGGAUCUAUCCACCGAUAAGUCUGAACCUAGGAUAGCUGACAUUCCAGCCACAGAAUCAAAGGAGUCAAUGAAUAGUAAAUCAGACACACUCAUUCUCCAGUCAAAGAAAUCUACCCCUAAUGACAAACUUGCAACAGAAUCAAAAAUGUCUACUGGAGAUUCAGAUGUACAUCUUUCAGAAUCAAAAUCAUCUACACCAGUUAUAAAGGAUGACCGUGCUGUAGAAUCACCUUCACCGUCCUCAGCUGUAGAGAACAAGGCCACAAUUAGUAAAGAUGAGAAAGUCACCAGUGACAAAUCUAGCCAGAAAUGUCCUGCUAAAAUCAUCAUCAAGCAGCCAUUACUCUCAGACAUUGCAGGAAAGGGAAAAUGUGACUUGAAGAAUUUCAAAAUAGAUUUAAAAGCCCUAGCAAUGGGUCUGGCUCUUCAGAGACAGAAGAAGUCUUGAAAAAGUUCACUGGCCAGACUUGUUAAACCAUGCAAGUAAAACAUCAGGCAGGGAACAGUAAAUGUGACAGGGACCCUGGCCUUAAGGACUGUGGGGUGAAGCUCAAGGCCAUUCCCUUGGUGUUCAUUAUAUAACAUUUGUGUUCAUUUCUGCUGCAAUAUAACUGGUAUCUAGAGAAACGACACCAGUAUUAUUGUCCUAAAUGUGUAUUUGUAACGUAAGAUGAUUGCUUGGUAUUAAGUCGUCACAAUUCAUGGACAGUUGUCUAAAUAUUGAACAAUAUGCAAAUUAUUAAAAGUAAAGGCAGCUGUCAAAGGACACUGGUGCAAAAUUUGGGUUUUCAGCACAGAAUGAAUUGUUUAUCAUGUUAAUAUUUAUUUCCGAUCUUUAGAAUUUUAUGUGUAAAAAAGGUUCAACAUAAAUAUAUUUUUACAGAACGCUUGGAUUUGCUCAGUAUACUAUUUACAUAUCACCACAGGAUGGCUACUACAAGACUAUUUAUUUUCAUAAUUCAGUCUGACAGUAAAAUACAAUAUUCUAAAAAGUUAUAAAUAUACAUGUACAUAAUAUAGCUAUGUAACAGUA